AUGGAUAUUUUAAUUAAAAUAUAUAUUUUUAAAAAAAAUUUACAUUUUCAGAUAAUUACUGUAACUCCAAUCCCUUCUCCUUUUUAUUCAGAAUUAUUACUAUCCCCUUCUCGUUUAACUUCUUGGUAUUAUAAACAUCACAAAAUCCAGCAUUUUCAACUUAUUCGGAGAGAAUUUAAAACAAACACAAAAUGGACAGAUUUGGAAGAUAAUGAGACCAUGAGGUUAUGGUUACACAAGAAAAUAUUUACAACACAACGACCAUUACCGAAUUUACUAAAUUUUGCCCAAAUAAUUAAUGAACAAGAAUUAUUACCUUCACAUCCAGUAGAAGUGGCAAUUGAAAGAGUUAAAGAAGCAAAUGAUAAACUUGCUGAUUUAUCUAGUAGGGUUGCUGAAGGUUUUGUUUCUGAAUUUCAUAUGAAUUUGGGAGGGAUGAUUCGUGGAAUUGUACAGGCAGAUCCUUUUUUCACCGCUCAAUGCCGUAUUAAUUGUAGUGAAGAAGAGAAUCGUUGUAUAGAAAAUUUAAUUUCGCUUAUAUUUGAACAAAUAACUUUAUUAGAAUAUUCUUUAUUUAUUCAUUCAAAUAAUACCCCUACCCCCACAACAACAACAACAAAUUCAUCUUCUUCUAAUGCCGCUAGUUUUCACAAUUCUUUAGUUGCUUCAUUUAAUUCCUAUAAAUGUCAAAUAGAAACACAAUUUGGAAAAACAUCAAAAUCUUUAUUACCCGAAGGGGCUUCUAUUUAUUCAAAAAUUGAUCAAAACGAAAUUAUGGGGAAAUUGCCUACAAAUGUGAUUGUUAAUAAUAAUGCUAGCAAUUCCUCCUUCCUCUCCCCUCCAUCUACAAUUAACAAUUCACCAACGGCCACAAGAGCAUUUAGAAGCCAUUCUGUUAGCGAAUUUCAAAAUUCACAAAAUGAAGGAAAUUUAAGUACUAGAAAUUCACAAAUUUCAAGUUCUUCAUCUACAAAUAGUGGAAGUGGAAGUAGCAACUUUUUUAAAAAUUCGCCUCUAGGGACUGCCGGAAAUUUAAUAAAAUCAUUACAAGUAAAUAAUCUUUAA